AUGAUGUUCCUUCAGUCCAUUGGCACUUGUGUGCUCGCCCUCUCUUCCCUCGUCAGCGCAGCAAGCUUCAGUAACCCGCUCAAGCAGAAAGAUGGCUCAGACCCUCACAUUGCGUGGAGCGGAGGUUACUACUACAUGAUGACCACGACAUGGACGAACUUGUCAAUCACGAGGGCGAAGACGCUGGGAGGAUUGAAGACAGGGGAGACAAAAGUAGUCUGGACGGAUAGCAACCCAGACAGAUGCUGCAACAUGUGGGCACCUGAACUGCACUACAUUGAUGGUGCUUGGUACAUCUACUACACCGCCGGCCGCAAUGGUGUCGACAACCUGGAUCUUCAGCGUCCUUACGUGCUCAAGGGUGGUGCGGACCCCUUCGGCACGUACACCUACCUUUCCCAGCUCACCAACGUAUGGGGUAUUGAUGGCUCUAUCGUGCGUUUCGACAAAUGGGGCAACUAUUUCACCUGGUCUUGCAUGUCCGGCAACCUCCAAUCGCUCUGCAUCGCACCCAUGACCUCACCUGGAAAGAUCGGCGCCACCAAGAUUCUUUCUACACCUACUGAGUCCUGGGAAAGAAACGGCAGCCCUGUUCAGGAAGGCCCUGUUGCUAUGUACCACGGCGGCAAAACAUUCAUCGCUUACUCGGCGAGUUUCUGCUGGACACCGAACUACAGCUUGGGUCUACUCACCUGGAACGGAUCUGGUGACCCAGCGCUCGCCGCCAGCUGGAAGAAGAGCAGCGGACCAGUUUUCACUAAUGCUAAUGGCAACUAUGGUCCCGGUCACAAUGGGUUCUUUGUCAGCCCCGAUGGCAAGGAAAUCUGGAACGUUUACCACGCUACUGCUAUCACGACCGGAGCUUGUGAUGGUAACAGAUACACAAUGGCGCAAAAGGUCAACUGGAACUCUGACGGCACUCCCAACUUUGGAACUCCAGUGAAGCCGGGUACUACGAUUGCCGGACCUUCAGGCGAGUAA